AUGUGGCAGGUCAGUGCCCGCUGCCUGUGCCGGGCCAGCUCCCGCGCCUGGCAGAAGUGGCUGCUCUGGCCCGGCCCCUGCGGUCCUGCAGCCCCUCGCAGCCGCAGCCCCGCGUGGAGCUCCGGGACAGCCCCCGCCCAGGGACUCUCCUCCAUGGCUCCCUCUAUCCGCCUGUCGCCCGCCGCCCGCAGUCUCUUCGACGAGCCGCUGGCCAUCGCCGUGCAGGGCCUCGGCCCGCGGCAGCAGAUCACGCUGCGCACGUCCUUGCGGGACGAGACCGGAGAGCUCUUCCAGGCCAGUGCCCGCUACCAGGCGGGCGACGACGGGGAGCUGGACCUCGCCCGCUGUCCCGCGCUGCCGGGAGGCAGCUUCUCCGGCCUGGAGCCCAUGGGGCUGCUCUGGGCUUUGCAGCCCCAGAAGCCUUUCUGGCGGCUGGUAAAGCGGGACGUGCAGAGCCCCUUCCUCCUGCAGCUGGAGGUGUUUGAGGGCCACGGGCAGCGCCCCGGGCGGCUCCUGGCCCAGGCGCAGCACGAGCGGGCGUUCCUGCGGGACGGGGUGCGGAGAGUGCCGGUGCGAGAGGGGAGGAUCCGGGCGACGCUAUUCCUGCCCCCCGGAGAAGACACCUUUCCAGGGAUCAUUGAUAUACAUGGAAUUGGAGGAGGUCUUUUUGAGCCCAGAGCAAGCCUGCUGGCCAAUCAUGGCUUUGCCACACUAGCCCUGGCUUAUUAUCAGUUUGAGGAUCUGCCCCAGAAACCAAAGGAACUCCACCUGGAAUAUUUUGAAGAGGCAAUAAACUAUAUGCUGCAGCACCCACAGGUGAAGGGUCCAGGGGUUGGCCUGCUCGGUUUCUCCAAAGGGGGUGAAAUGUGCCUUGCCAUGGCUGCCUUCCUGAAGAACAUCAUGGCUGUUGCUUCCCUCAAUGCCCCUGUUGCUAUUACAUGUAUUCCUCUCUCUUACAAGGAUAAAAUCAUCCCCACUUUGACGUUAUAUGAACACAAAGCCAAGGCCACCAAUUCCAAAUGUCUUGACUAUUCUGAUGUCCUUGAUGAUCCCUUUCAAGCCCCUGGCAACCAAAGCCUGAUCCCACUAGAGAAAGCUGAGGCACAGUUCCUAUUUGUCCUGGGACAAGAUGACCAUGUUGUCAAAAGUGAGCAUUAUGCUACUGAAGUCUGCAAGCUUCUGCAGGCUCAAGGGAAGGAAAAUUUUCAGAUUCUCUCCUACCCUGGAACAGGGCAUUGCAUAGACCCUCCCUUUUUCCCUUUGUACCACAUAGGAAGCCACCCUGUUUUUCACAAGCGGGCAGUCCUGGGUGGGGAGCUCAGGGCUUAUUCUAAAGCUCAGGUUCAUGCUUGGUCACAGAUCCAGGCUUUUUUCAAAAAGUAUUUAACUGUUAACUAAUGUGCAACAAAUAGUGUGCAAGCAAGGUCAAACCUUGUCACGGGUGUACCAGUAAAACUACAGUAUCUUCCAUGACUUUGCACAUCCAUAACACAGCAAAUAAAAGGGUUUGCCUUUUCUGUUCCUCCCUCAAACUUUUUGCUCAAGUGCCAAGAAAAGGAAUGGUGGUUUUUGCAUUAGUCUCUGAUAAAACAUGUCAUGUGCAAAGUGCACGGUUACGUUUCUUGGGUGGUUUCUAUUCCUUUAAUACUUGACAGUGCUUUCCAUGUCACUGUGGUGUCUACAUGAAUGUGCUAUCCUCAGGUCAUACCGAGCUCCCAAAUGACAAUUUUGGAGCAGAGAUUUCACUGCUCUUGUGGUCAAUGUGUUAUUGCAAAUGGAAACAUCUCUGACAUCUGUGCUGCUGCAAAUGUAUAAGAACGGCUGCUCUAGACAGGAUGCUGGGCUGUCUCUGGGUAAGCCUUGGGAAUAGUUGUUUGCCUUUUGUACCUUCUUUCCAUCUUUGCUUGAGAAGGAAGUGCUCUGGCUCAUGGAUAUUUCUGGGCCCAAGAUGUCAUGCAAAAAACUUUCUGUUGAAUUUACAGCCAUUUUAUUCUCCCACAUCAUGUGGAACAUUUGAAUCUUUGUUACAGGGAUGAGAAUUGUAAUAAAGUGACUGAGAUUUGAAACCUAUGGAGUCUCUUGCUGUGCUUUGGUUAGAAGCAGGGUUUGCAACUUUACUACUUUCUCAUCCCAGGUGAUGGCUUAAUAAAGUUGCAGCAACUUGGGAUCAAAGGUUGCCCAGGUGGGAACAGGAGACCACAGAAGACAGACACAUAGCCCCCUUACCUUCA